GGAAGUGAUGGUGUGAUAAUCACAGGAGUACCUGUCUGGCUUAUUUUCAGACCAUUUGCAGAGUGUCAGACUGUCAGAGGACAGCCUGAAAAAUAUUCUGAGAGUUUGUGGAGAGAUAAGUCAUGAUGUCUGAUUCCAGGGUGUCCUCCGUCAUCCAGGAGUGGGUGAGCUCAUACCCGGGUCAGCCCCACACCCACUCCCACACCCAGACCCUGAACCCCACCACUUCCAACAUGGCUGGUUCGACCAAUCAGCUGACUCCGAUGGACAUGAUCUCGUACAGUCAGUCUCAGGGGCUGGUCAGGGGGGGCGGUGAGGACAGAGUGGCUGAGCAGAUGAUGGGAAUGUCGUACCUGCCGUACACGUCGCCCUGUCUCAGCAACAACUCGAGCGCAGGGAGCACAAACCACCACCAGAGCCAUAUCAACACUCAACAGGACUUCUCUCCCUUCCUCCUGCCAACCCUGCGGGCUCCAGUGACCAAGAGGAGCAUCAGCAAGGACAGUGCAGAGUACCGCAUGCGACGUGAGAGGAACAACAUCGCAGUGAGAAAGAGCCGGGAUAAGGCCCGCAGGAGGAUCCUGCUGACCCAGCAGAGGGCCAUGCAGUUGCAGGAGGAAAACCAGAAGCUGCAGAUGCGAAUAGGGCAGCUGACACAGGAGCUGGACACUCUCAAACACAUCCUGUCGCAGCGGCACCAGCAGGGUACCGAGGACGGAGGAGCGGGGGAGUCUACUCUUUGAACACAGCCAAGAAGCACAUGUUUACCUGGUAUUCACAUCUAAUUACAAGCAUCAGAUUAAUCAUUAAUAUGUCUAGUCAGACCCCCCAGACUCAAACCCCAAAGUCUCCUCAUUAAUUUCUCAAAUAGUCUCCAAAAAGGCAAACAUUUGUGAUAAUUCAGGAAAUAAAAGUUACUCGUAGAAAUCCAGAAGGGGCUAAGUCAAGAGAAGCUGGGACUUUCUUUAUAUUCCAGCAGAUGUUUCACCUCUCAUCCAUAAGGCUUCUUUUAGCCCUUCUUAGCGAGUCUGGAUGUAUGAUAUACUUAACAUCACUUAUAGAAGUAGAUUUGAGAAUGCAUUACUCUGUGGAGGGUAAAAUUGAAAAGACAGAAAGCAUGACACACUAGUCGUAGUUAGCACUGAGAACACUGAGGUCAUGUCCUCUGUGUUUGCUGUCCAACCAGGGGGAGAUUAUGGUCAACUCGCUGAGAUUCUCACUCCUUAGUCGCCAUUUCUGCGCCUGUCAUGUUUUCUGUUCUGGUAUUGAUUACUGUUGCAGAUUUAACACUUGACAUUUGCAGUCAUUUUUGAAACAAUUCAAUUUACAGUAAAACAUUAUUUCUACCCUUUGACUGUGGAUUUUGUCGGGCUAAUGACGAGACCCCGCAAGCUGGGUGAAAAGAUAUCUCCUAGCCGACUUGUUCGUGUCAGUGACUUUUGUUAGUAUGCGACUUGUGCUUCCAACAAACUUGAUUUUUGUUUUUUGUUUUCAAAAACCCUCAUGUUUCAGUCCUGAACCGAUAUUUUUCUAACAUUACCUGUAAUCCCACUACAUAAUGUGCCCUUGCUUUUGGCCUCUGUAGUUUCUGUUUCCUAAAGGCCAAACUCUUUAUAUACAGGGUCUCACUCUUGCUACGACCCCAUGCACGCCGCUUCAACAUGUGGAGAAAGCAGAAGCUCGACAGACAUGCUGUGGUUAGUUAUUAUUGCUAAAAUAGUGUCAGAGUUCAAGAACGUCACGUAAAUUUCUGGCUAAAUUUCUGAGAUCGGAAAUAGACAGUAUAACAGUUAACUGAGUGAAUAAAAUGUAAGUAAAAUAAAUCACGAUUAUUUAGAGUCUGAGACUUUGUUUUUGGUGUUUUUCUGGGUGAGAGGGGACUUACUCAUGAUUACUGUAGGAAAAAGUGUGAUGGAUUUGAAUGUAAAUUCUCUUGAGUCAUUGUAUAUUCAAAAUUGUGAGUGUUGCGACCUGAGAGCACACAGAAAUCUUAGAGAAGUGGCUGAAUCUGUAAACAUAUACACCUUUUACACUUGUAAAACAGCUACGUUAUAUAGGAAGAGGGUUUUAAGGAGAUUUUGAUGUACUGCAGAUCUAAAAAUCCAAAAUAUUGGACAAAUGAGCCCAAAAACAAAAAGUCAUCAAGUUAUAAAGCUGCAUACUUCAAUUUAGCAAAUUCCAAAACUCACUUAUGGCUCUUGAAGGCAGCAUCUUCACAUAAGUACUGUAUAUAGACUGUCUUAUCAUCUACCUGAUACUUCUACUCAUAGUCAGAGAUGAGUGUAAGUGUUGUUUGCUCAAUAGCGUUACACAACAGCCUGUGGUUUCCAGGGGAUUCAAUGAAAUCUAAGUGCUUCUCUCUGUAUACUCUUAUCUCUAUGGGAUUACUUGAAAAGAUUUUAACACAUGUAAAGAUAUUAUCUUUGGUGUUGUCAAUGUGUUAUAUAUACAUUUAUAGUAAUACACUGCUGAAGAGAUACUUUGUCAAUUUUUUUUACCUAAAAAAAUGCUGGUGCCUAUAUUGUAUGCAACAUGGUCUUUUAUGUCUACU